AGGUAAUGCAUCUAAACAGACUUUCUGCUUCCUCUUGAUUGUAGAAAUGGGUCGUUCAAUAUUCUCAUCAAUUCUCGUAUCUCUUUUCCUUUCAUCGCCAUUCGCUGCCGGCUCUUGUCCAUUAUAUGGUCCCGUGUUUCCAACGCCGACGAACCUUGCUAGUUCCGCUAGCAUUAAAGACGCCUUGCAAACCCUCACUGAAACCAUCUCCGCCAGCUUCAAAUCUGAAAACUCUUCUUACGGGCCCGUAGACUCAACAGCGGCCUACACGGUCCAGAUCUUCUCUCUGGAGUCCGAAAAGCCCUUGUUGGAAUACUACCAUGACGGCACCACGCUGUCUAACACUACUGGUGUGCAAACAGUAGACGGAGACACGAUCUUUAGGGUUGGCAGCAUAUCAAAGCUCAUCACGGUCUACCUAUUCCUUACCGAACUUGGCGACAGCCUUUGGAACGACCCAGUCACACAACACAUCCCCGAGCUCCGCAACCGAACGAGAAGCGAACAAAAUCCUGUAGAUUAUGUAAACUGGGAACAAAUCACGCUCGGAGCAAUCGCAGGACACGUCGCAGGCCUCCCGAGAGACUUCGUUGAUCUACUCGGUCUCUACGCGAACGAUGGCUCUUAUGGCUUCCCCGUUCUCCCGCCCUCGGAGUAUCCCGCCUGCAUUCUGACGGCGACGAAUUAUACCUGUAAUCGGGAACAGUUCUUUAAUGCUAUCAAUGACCGCCAACCUACCUUCUUGCCGAAUACGAAAGCAACGUAUAGUAAUACGGGAAUGAUGCUCCUCGGAUAUGCGCUCGAAAGCAUCACGGGAAGAUCCUAUGAGGAUAUCCUAAAGACGGCUCUGAUGGAUCCACUGAGUUUGACGGGGACUUCGUACUCGAAGCCUGACGACACAAAGGGUGCGAUUCCGUUUAACACCACCUUUAGUCAAUGGGCCCGUGACUUCGGAGACGGAGCACCCAUGGGCGGCCUAUACGCGUCUACCGACGAUCUUUCCAAGAUAGGGCGCUCAAUAUUGAUCUCCACGCUCCUGGACGAGAACUCUACACGUGCAUGGCUAAAGCCGACAUCGUACACCUCCAGCCUCAUUGGCGACGUCGGUCGCCCGUGGGAAAUCUUCCGCGCCGCCGACAUCGGUCCGAGUAAACGACUCAUCGAUCUAUACACUAAAGGAGGGGAUUUUGGAACAUACCAUACGAACUUAGCAGUGGUGCCUGAUUACAACAUCGGCUUUGCCAUUGCAGUUGGAGGUAUGGGCUCGCAUAUCUUCCUCGACAACCUCAUCGUGGACACUCUAUUCCCCGCCCUCGAAAUCGCGGCUCGUGAACAAGCGAACGGAGUGUAUGCGGGAACAUACACGGCAACCAAUGGCUUAAACUCUAGUUUAGUGCUAAACACCGAUGCUUAACUCCUAGGCCUCGGCAUCUCUAAGUGGGUAAGCAACGGAACGGAUGUUUUGUCCGCGCUCGCUGCCCUCGGCUCCGUACCUAUAGCGCCCGAUACUUUACGCAUCUAUCCAGCCAACUUGGAAAGGGAGACAGAAGAUGGCACGGAAGUGGCGUGGCGCGUGGGUUUAGAUUCCCAGUCUGGCACUGCAAUGACGGGUCCAUUUUCAGCUUGUGGCUCGUGGUUUGCUGUCGACCUUUUUGUGUUAGGGAAGUAUCCGAUUGACGAGUUUUUGUUUAUGGUGAGCGCGGGCGGGGAAGAGAAGGCCGUCAGUGUGAAUCUGAGGGCUUUAGAUAUCGUAUUGGAUAGAGAGGGGUGAAUAGCGGAAAUGUAGAAUAAUGCUCAGCCAGUGCCCGCUAGAUGUUGGAAUUAGUACAGUAACUCUGAGAUUUCGCCUUCAUCCCUUUGCAGUCGAACGGACAGUCGGAGUCCUGAA